AGCUGAAGCCAACGACAGAUUUCCGAAACAAACAAACAAAUUCACCCAAAAUACAUACUCAAACGCAUUUUACCAAACCGUUUGUGUUUUUGCAUAGUUGUUGUUUUGUUGUGUUGUCUUUUUUUAGGUUCGUUUUUGUUUAAAUUUCAUUUGAUUCGGGCAAUUCGCAAACAUAAUUCAACGUUUAACAGUGACCAUUUUGAAAAACUUGAUUUACAAUGAAAGAGUAAAACCGUAAAUGAAUCGGAAUAUGAUGAAUCGCGGUUGCGGGCGGUAGCAUGGAAUUGGCUCUGCAUGGAUCGCAGAUUAACCUAGCAACGCGUGACAAAGCAACCGCUGCAAUACCUGUUAAUUAUCCAAUAUUUAUAAAACGUCCAGGUUCGGCGAGUGUCACUUUGACUACACCGAGCGCUCAAUUAGCUGCAACGAAUAAAUUAUUAUUGGCCCGUGCGCAUUCAUUGCAGUGUUUGCAACAGAAACAACAAACACCAUCGAAAUUUUAUCGACGCGCUGCGUCCGCCGAUUGCGGUAAAUAUCAGCGAAAAUCAACAAACGUGCAUCAAUCAAAAAUUAGCCCACAUUUGUCAUCACAUAAAUCGAUAUGUAAUAGUCAAAAGGAAAAACGAGCAUUAUCUUCAUCAAGUUUAUACAAAUUAUUGUUGGCAGAACCGAUAAAACGAAAUACUUGGAUGUCGAGUGAAGAGAGUAAACUUCAAUCACCGGCAAAUGCAGUCGCCGAUGACGGUUCAAUCGAGAGUGUGACGAAAAAAAAAUUGAGAAACAGUGGCGAUGAUACAUCAGACGAUAGCCCAUCAUCGAUUGCUGAAGAGAUCGUCGACAAUGAUAAUGAUACAGCAAAUGACGAUGAGAUUGAUAAUUACAUUGAAUGCGAAUCGAAAAUCGAACAAAUUCCAUCGGCUGACAAUGCAGUCCGAAUAUCCCACCAAAAUUUUAAUUUAAAACGACCAGAAAAUGAAUUUGGAGAAGAAAUAUACGAUGUUACACCACCGAUUAAGCCAAAAUCUGCAACGAUUCGGCUAAAAAGUAAACCGGAUCAAAAACAAAAAACGACUGUGAUAAAAGCGAAAACAUCAUCACCUGUCAAUUCGAAUAAUAAGCUCAAGUUGGCCAAAUGCAGUGGAAAACAAGUGUCAAUAUUACAAUCGGAUGGCGGUAAAGAUAAGAAACAAAUGGACACACUCACAUCAUCUACGAUGAAUACGAUAGAGGGCAAGAUAAAACCAAAUGACACAAAAUCUAUUCAUACUCCACCCGCAUCGAUGGCUUCACCCACCACCACCACCACACCUACAACAACCGGCGGCUUUAAUACGCUAAAAACCGAUUUGCCGGGCCGUGUUUCGUUCAGCAAGAACGACGUAUACGAGAUUGAUUAUAGCGAUAUUGACAAUGACACUGACACAAGCCGGAGCUUGGAUUUGAACGAACCGUUUCGAAAGAAAAAUGUCCAUUUCGAAGAUGAAUACUUUAGCAAAUACCAUGAUGGUCGCACCGAUGACACCGAGAUGGAUGUGAAAAAGCACACAUUUAAUCAAACACCGAUGCAUCGAAUGAGCACACCAAAAGAACAUACUGAUACUAGUCAUUUGUUAACAGAUGACAAAGACUAUUCAGCAUUAAAAUGCAAUAGUUUACGAUGCAAAGCAGAUAUGCGACUGGAUGUAUUGCCGGAGGACAAUGAGAAUGGUGGCAAUGGUAGCGGUGAUACGAUCAUUUCGAAGGAUAGAUCGGAAAAAAUUAUCGAAGAAUAUAAACGUGAAAUCGAAAGCAUCAAUCGACAACAUGAGCUCGAACGAAGAUGGAAUGAGUGUGAAAUAAAUGGUGAUGUCAACACAAACACCACGGCCACUACUUAUUCGAACUAUUUAAAUGGUGUGAACAGUUCACAGCGCACGGAAAUGAAUGAUAGCGAUAAAAUGGCAAAAGACGAAUGGCAUUCGGGCGGAAGUGAUUCGUGGUCAUCACCAAAUCAUAAUUCGACUUCAAAUUUGAUGAGUAAAUCAAAAAUAACAAGCGCCAAUGGCACGACAAAUGCCAUAACCACUACAGCUAGUAAUACAUCGGACGAAUCACCGACACGAGAUUCGGCCAGCACAGUCAUUAACAAUUACCUAAAAAUCACGAAUCAGAAAUCAUGCAGCAGCACAUCAAAACCCGGUUCGGCAACAAUUAAGUUAAAAACAACGAAAAAAAUCACAUCGAAUCCAAAUCGAAAAAUAAAAUCAGCACAAACCACUAGCACAACCAAUGCUGCCACCGCCGCCGUCGCUGACAUAAAAUCAACCACAUCGAAUCGAUUGACCAAAGCCAAAUCUGUUGGACAUCUUCAACGCAUCACCGAUAUUAAGUUAAGCGAAUUUCAAAUCGAUAAAGUUGAAAGUUGGAUGUCAACACAUGAAGAUACAUUCAGCGAUACUGGAUUGAAUAGCUAUCGAAAAUAUGGCAAAUUUGGCAGCAGUUCAAAUUUGGAUUAUAAGAAAACAUGGCGUGAAACACCAACAAAAACGGACGAUGAGGGCAAUUACAGUUUAGACGAUCAAAUCGAUAAUACAUCAAUGGAUGGUUCAAUUGGUGGCGGAAUCGAACUAGUUCUGAAAAAACUCGAAGGUCGUCGCAUGCAAAUUUCAUUCGAUCCGAUCAAAAGUUCCACAUCGGCACCAUCAUUAUCGGCAAACGGCGAUAGUUUUCAACAACAAAAAACCACGUUGAAUACCAAUUUGAAUGAACAUUCCAAUAAAAUCAAAGAAAUCUAUCAAUACUUGGAUGAAGUUGAUUACAAUUGCCAUCGAACCAUAAAUAAUGUUAAACAGCAAAAGAUUCCCGACGAUUUCCAGCCAGAUAUUGAUUAUACCAUUGAAAAUGAUACCGUUAGCAAUGUACCAAAGUUGAGCGACUUAAUGUUGUUAACAAAUGAACAAUUGGCACGUAAGAUAAUUGGCUUAAGUUUACGAACAAAUGAACUUACGAAUGCAAUACACUUGUCAAAGGAGCACAUGGAUAAAAUCCGCAGUGAUAAUCAAAAAGCGAUUCGCAUGGAGAAGCAAAUGGCACAGACACGUCUUAAAGAGCAGAAAAAUCAUUAUGAAACAAUUGUAACACGUCACCAAGAAUUCAUUGAACAAUUGCUGAAAGACAAAGCAUCAUUGUGUGAAAAAGUAUCAGGACUAACACGACGCUUGGAAAGUCAGUCGAUGGCGGCCGAACAUAAAUUACAAAAUGAAAUUCAACGAAUUAAAGAAACAGCUUUGGCCGCUGAGAAAAUUCGCCGUGAACGAUGGGUUCGGGAAAAUACGAAAAAAAUCAAGGAGCUUACGGUUAAGGGUUUGGAACAGGAGAUAAGCAAAAUUACAUGUAAUCAUCAAAAGGAAAUGACCGAAUUGAAGCGUCAGCAUCAGGAGGAAAUUCUAAAUGCUGUUGAAGAGGCACGACAAAAACACGAGUCACUUGAGAUGGGCAUUCGAGAAACUUAUGCCAAAGAUCGUGAAGUGGCCAUCGAAAAAGAACGAAAUGCCAUUCGUGACAGAUUUGAAAAGCAGAUGGAAUUGGAGCAAAAAACAUUUGAAGACACAAAAAAUCGCAUACUUACUGAAUUUACCGCGGAAAAAGAGCGAUUGCUCAAAGAAGUUCAGCAAAAAGAACAUGAACUCGAGAUGCAACGUGACAAAUUACUCAAAGAUAAAAAAGAAAUGGCCGAACAUUUAAAUCGAGAGUUCAACGAAAAAGUUCGAAUGAUCGAAAAACGGAAUCAAUGUGAAAUUGAUUCAAUUAGCAAGCAAUUUGAAUCGGAUUUUGCAAUCUGGAAACGUGAACAGGAGACAACAUUUAAAUUGCGUCAAAUUGAAGAGUCGAACAAUAUUCGUCAGCAAUGCCGAGCUGAACGUGAUAAACAAAUCGAUUCAAUUGUUGCCAAAAUUGAUGAAGAGACACUUCUGCAUAAGCAAGACUUCGAGUCGAAAGUCAACCGAUUAAAAAGUCAACACGAGAACGAAUUACGUGAAAUGGAACGAACAGAAAGACAAACACGUGAAAAGUACACGGAAACACGUUCAAAAUUGGCUCAAGUUGAAGCUGAAGUGAAAAAUUUGCAUGCUACUGUAAAUCAACUAGAAAUUCAACUUGGCCACUCGCAAAAAAUGUGUGACAACUUUUUGACGGAAAAGGAACAUUUCAAAGAUGCGGUGCGCAAAGAACGUGAUGAGGAAAUUCAGGACAUUCACAAACGUGUACAAAGUGCCAUCGAAAAGAAAGACGAAUCACUGGACGUGAUUAUCAAAGAGAAUACAUUGCUCAAAGAUCGAUGCAUUAAAUUGGAAGCGAUAGUUCGACAACAAAGAAAAGAUUAUUGCAUAAAAUGAGAAACUUAAGUCUCUUGUACAAAAUGUCUUUGUAUAUUUCAACAUUGAAGAUUUUUAACGCUUUUAUCGUUUUAUUUUGUAGUUUAUUUCUUUGACGAUCAAAACGACUAAAAUUAUGAUUUAUUGCCGUGAAAAGUGUGAAACCACAAAGUUGCGGGUUUUUUUAUAUCUUUCUAUGCCUCUCUCUCUUUCUCUAUCCCUCUCUGAACAGAUAUAAUAAAAUGUGCUCAAUUGUUUGUAUUGCAAAGGGCUGGAAAAAAACUCACUGCCAUUUUAGUAAAGUGAAAUGUUGAUUGAGUCGAAUUUGUAGUGGUGAAACAAAACGUUAGCUGGUGACAUUCUUUGUUGAGAAGAUCGUAUUGGGCGAAUAUUGUGGUUUUUUCAUACAAAACCAAAAAUAAACCUAAUAAAAACAUUGAUUUUUUUUUUAAAUAAUGAUUCAUAUAGUUCAAACAUUUCCGUAAAUCAAAGAGUUUUAUUACAUCGAAUCGAUUUCAUAGUAAACACUGUAUGAGUAAUAAUCA